CUGCCACUACUCUUCUCUCAUCCUUCCUCAUCUUGAUCCUUUCCUUUCUUUGGUUAUUCUUCUUCCAAUGGCGUCAGCGUUUCCACCGCUACCGUCACAAGCUCCUCCCACCUGGUUCCAUGGGUUGGCCUUACCUCGGAGAAACUCUCAAGCUCUACACUCAGAGCCCCAACACCUUCUUCUCCACCAGGCAUAAGCGGUAUGGGAAUAUAUUUAAGACCCAUAUACUGGGAUGUCCUAGUGUGAUGAUUUCCAGACCCGAAGCUGUAAAGAAUGUGCUUGUGAGUCAAGCCCAUUUGUUCAAACCCACUUACCCACCAAGUAAAGAGAAGCUGAUUGGACCCGAAGCCAUUUUCUUCCACCAGGGGGACUACCAUUCCAUGCUAAAGAAGUUGGUUCAAUCCAACUUCCUUCCUAAUGCAAUCAGAGGAUUUGUCUCUGAAAUCGAGCAAAUUGUACUCAACUUCCUUCCUACAUGGGAUAACUCCACCAUUAAUACACUCCAACAGAUGAAGAAGUUCGUUUUCGAGGUGGCAAUGCUCACUGUGUUUGGCGGUGGUUCGGACAUAGACAAGGAGAGGAUCAAUCAUUUGUACCACUCCUUGGAGAAAGGCUACAAUUCCAUGCCUUUCAACCUCCCUGGGACUCUCUUCCGCAAAUCAAUUAAGGCAAGAAAGCUACUCAAUGAGACCUUGAGAAAGGUAAUGGAGAAGAGAAGGGAAAGCAAUGAUGAGAACUUAGGCGGGGGCUUGUUGGGAGUGUUAUUGAGGUUUAAAGAUGAGAAACUUAAUCAUCUCAAUGAUGCUCAAAUUGCUGAUAAUAUCAUUGGAGUUAUAUUUGCUGCUCACGAUACGACUGCGAGUAUUCUCACUUGGAUACUCAAAUAUUUGCAUGAUGAUAUUGAUCUUCUAGACGGUGUUACUAGGGAACAGGAGGGAAUUCGAAGAGAAAUAAUUGAAGGAAAACGUGAGCUUACGUGGGAAGAUACGAGGAAGAUGCCAUUGACCAGCAGGGUGAUACAAGAAACCCUAAGAACAGCAAGCAUUCUGUCCUUCUUAUUCAGAGAAGCAGUUGAAGACGUAGAGCUUGAAGGCUACAUAAUCCCCAAAGGAUGGAAGGUUCUUCCCCUCCUCCGAGUCAUUCAUCACUCUCCUCAUUUCUUCCCUCAACCUGACAAAUUCGACCCUUCAAGAUUCGAGGUACCACCGAGACCCAACACCUAUAUGCCGUUUGGUAACGGAGUCCACUCGUGUCCAGGCAAUGAGAUGGCCAAGCUUGAGAUACUCAUCCUCCUCCACCAUCUUACCACCACUUACAGGUGGAAGGUUGUCGGGAACAGUGAAGGAAUUCAAUAUAGCCCCUUCCCCGUACCAAAUAAAGGUUUACAAAUAAGGGUAACUGCGAGGAGCAACAAGAAUAAAUUAUAA